UGAAGGAGAGACACUUCAGACGCUCAUCUAACACAAGUUAUGGAUUUCUUUGACAAUCGUUGCUUUAGAUUAAAUAAAAUUUUAACAUGCAUUAUUGGACAAUGGCCAUAUCAAUCGAAAAAAGAAACAAUUAUUAUUUCAUCUAUCUACUUAAUCAUGAAUUUAUCUCUCGUUAUUGUCAUGAUAACUGGUCUUGUAACGUUGGACUUAAAUUUUGAUGAUAUUCUCAACAGUGUAACUAAUAUUAUGACUUGCAUAACAAUAGGUGUUAAAUUAAUAAAUUGUAUCUUAAACAAAAAAAAGAUGAAGUACCUUCUUAAUAGUUUUGAAACCAAUUGGAUGAUGAUGUCAGAGACAGAAAUUGAGAUAAUGCAAGAAUGUUCGGAUUCAGGAAAAAUUAUUAUUGUUUUAUAUGCAGUUCUCGUAUAUUCGUCAAUGUCUUUAUUUUUUAUUACAACAUACACGCCACAAGUUCUCGACAUUAUUAAACCAUUAAACGAAAGUCGUCCAAGAAAAAAAGUUUAUAGAACAAAUUAUUAUUUAAUAGAUGGCGAUAAAUAUUUUUAUACACUUUUAAUGCAUGAACAAUUGGGUUAUAUUUUAAAUAUGACAACGCUAAUUUGUGUGGAUACAAUGUAUGUGAAGUAUGUUGAACACAUUUGUGGAAUGUUCUCUAUUUUACGAUAUCGAAUAGAAAAUGUUAUGAAAAUUUUUGAUAUGGAUUUUUCCAAAUGUUGUACUUCCAAGCAAAAUGAACAAAUUACAAGAGAAGUUUCUCAUUGCAUUGCUUAUCAUCGAAAAGCAAUCAGAUGUGCUGAAUGUGUCGAAUCUAUUUAUGGGCUUGCAUUAUUUAUUGAAUUAACAAUAAGUAUGAUAUUGUUGAGCGCAACUGGAUAUGUGGCUGCUGUUAAAUUAGGAACAUUUGAUGAAUUUUUUCAAAUGAUUCCCUUUGCUUCAGCACAGGUGGUACAUUUAUUUUACAAUUCCCUUCCAGGACAACAAUUAAUUAAUUCCAGUGAAGCAAUUGGAGAUUCAGUAAGCAGUGCACAAUGGUACAGAAUGCCUAUAAAAGCACAAAAGCUUCUAAUUUUAUUAAUGAUACGAAGUUUUCAUCGUCCUUGCACAAUUCAAGCAUUUGGUGGAAUUUUCACGCUAUCCAUGGAAUCAUUUAGUUCGGGUAUGAAAACGUCGGUGUCAUAUUUUACGGUUUUAUUAUCAAUGACCGAAUGAAUAAACGUGAAUGAUAAAAAGUUUUUUUUUUCUUUUUUGUAAAUGUACAAAAUAUUAAUGGAAAUGUGUUUAUUGAAUAUGAUUAAUUUAUUGAAUGUAUAAAUAAUAAUAAUAUAAUUAUUUACGCGAUUUAUGUCUUUAAUGUACAAUAAUUUUUGUGAAUAAAUAAAUUUGAGAUCCAUUUAUUUUUUAAUGAAAAUCAAAAUUAAAGUAUUUAACAGAAGAAAAAAAAUAAUUAACCAUUUCACUGGCGGGGUGUUCCAAUUGGCGUUCCACGCUGCCUGGCCCAGACUGGCGAAAACACCAAAUUCCUACUUAUACUAAAUUUUUUAUAUACGUUAAUUUUAA